GGGUGCUGAUAUUGGUGACAGUGCGCAUGAGGAUGCAGAUCUCGUGCUCAUGGCGGUGCACGUAGGUGGUAUCGCGGUCGAAGAUGUUAGAGCCGCUUCCUACGAUAUCAUCAGAUAUAGAAGUAACAAAAAAAACCUAAUCCGUUCCGAACCGUUUGAUCAAGCCGACAAAUCUGAAUUUGUUCCCAGCGAAUUAGGCAACUGACAAAAAGUUGAAGCAUUCGUUCGCGCAUGUUCUUCCGCUUUGGACAUGAGAGAUAACCUGUUCCAUUGUUGUCAGAAGUCGUCGUGGGGCGCUACUGGUGCAACGAGGGCCGGAUCGGCGACGCUAAGGCUCUUUUUUCGUGGUCGCCUUUCACGCUCCGGCUUCUCACGAGCGAGUUCGUCAUUGCCAACCACCAUAUGUUGAACCAAUUCGGUGCAUAUUGUGACAUUGCCGGGCGAGAACCGAAGAUGGUUAGUUGUAAACCUCAAUAUUUUGUGCUUGCUUUGAGCUUCUGGUGGUGGAUCACUUGUAUCCACGUUACCUCCGAAAAGAACAGUUUGAAGCCUGGAGAAAAACUGAAUUCCACCACCCUGGUUCAAUCUGAAAACGGUUAUGGCCUUGGAUUUCAAACACUUGACAACUGCUGUUAUUUGAUCAUAUCAGGUAUAGGCCCCAAAUAUGAGUAUUGGCCGUCUUGGAUUGGUAAUAGAAAUCAACCUGUUGACAAGGAUGCAAGUCUGUUGCUAAGCCAUUCUGGUGUACUGAAAAUAGAAUCCAAAGAUAUUGAACCCAUCAUCCUUUACUCUUCACCACAACCUUCCGAAAACACUGUCGCCACCUUGUUGGACACGGGCAACUUUGUACUGCAACAACUUCACCCCAAUGGAACAAACACAACGCUGUGGCAAAGUUUUGAUUACCCUACUGAUAAUUUGUUCCCUGGGAUGAAGUUAGGUGUCAAUCACAAGAGUGGUCAUAAAUGGUCACUAGUUUCGUGGUUGACCUCUGAAAAACCAAGUCUUGGGGCAUUUGAACUUGAAUGGGAACCCACUGAAAGGGAAUUGACCAUCAAGCGAAGAGGAAAAUUGUGUUGGGCAAGUGGGAAUCUGGGAAACGGUGGAUUCAUACACGACACAUAUUACAUUAUUGUCUCAAAUGAAAACGAAAGCUACUUCUCAAUAACAACUUUCAAUGAAGAGCAUACAAGAUGGGCGCUUUUAGAAACUGGGCAGCUGAUAAAUCGGAAUGGAGCCGAUAAUAAUGUUGCGAGGGCUGAUUUGUGUUAUGGCUACAACACAGAUGAAGGGUGCCAAAAAUGGGAGGAGAUACCAUUAUGCAGGCAUCCUGGUGAUGUGUUUGACAGAAGGGAAGGGUACCCCAAUGAAGACAUGAUAACCAAUCUAGCAAAUUCGAGUUAUGGCCUAAGUGAUUGUCGGGAUAUGUGCUGGAGAAACUGCACUUGUGCUGGAUUCACAAAUUAUGAUGAUAAUGAUGGAACUGGUUGUGUAUUCUAUCACUGGAACUUCAUCAAAGGUACUAAUUUUGCUAGUGGGGGCUCUACAUUUUACUUACUUGUAAACAGAAACCAUCACAAAGGUAUGCUUACCAUAUCCAGUUUCACAACUUCUUAGUACUUCCCUUUUAACU